GACUGGUUAAAAUUACGACCUUGGGGAUUCCGCAAAUUUGGCAUACCUAUAAAAAUGAGGAAUUGCUGUGCGUUCGGGUUACAUUCUCGUGAGUUGUUUGGGAUAGUCGAGAUCGGGUAUUGCAUUUCGGGUGAAGAUCACAAUCAUGGAGAUAGCGGUUGCGAAAAUGGUCAGCAGUUACAAUCAGUUUAUGUGGAAGAAUAGAGAUCUUCGUAGUGCUCAUUUGCCGUUGCUGAGCACAAACUGGCAAGUUCCGGUGAUCGUUGUAGUGUAUAUGCUAACAGUGCUGAAGUAUGGACCCAGGUUCAUGGCCAAACGAAAAGCAUUUGAUUUAACUAAAUACAUUGAGAUAUACAACAUAGUGCAAAUCGCAACGAACGGUGUACUUUUCUCAUUUUUAGUCUAUCAUCUAUUAAAGCGACCCACAAUGUCCUACAUUUGUCAAUCUGUAGACUUUUCCGAAACUACAUCAGGCUACGAAGAACUGUACAUUAUGUACACUUACUUCGUUCUGAAGAUCUUGGAUCUCUCCGACACGGUGUUCUUCGUGCUCCGGAAGAAGCAAUCACAGGUGACCUUUCUUCACGUAUAUCAUCAUGCGAUCAUGGUGCUUAUCGGUUAUUAUGGAACGCUGUUUGUGCCAGGAGGUCACAACUUCGUACUAGUCCUGUGGAAUUCCAUCGGGCAUUCGCUGCUCUACCUGUACUACAACCUAGCAAUGCAUAAAUCUCCAGUGGCAGCACGGUACAAAAUAUACCUCACGAGGAUGCAGCUGGUACAGUUUGUGUAUCUGGCCGUACACUAUGGACGUCCGGCGCUAACCGGGAUGGAUUGUGGAUUCCCGAAGCUGUGGCACUGGACCGGGUUCUCCCAGACGUUAUUCUUUUUGGGAAUGUUUUUGGAUUUCUACGUUAAGUCGUACCUUGGGAAAGGUGGGGUAAAGGAUGACAAAGUAGUUCGGAAAUCUGACUGAAUAUAUUGCGUUUCAAACUCGGAGAAAAUAUUUGUCGGGCUAGUUUUACAAGAAGCAAGUUAUUGCUAAUAUUAGUCGUAACAUAUUUUCAGAAUACGUACCAUAACGACAAUAUA